UCACGAAGUAUUUAUCCGAUUGACAUAACAAAAAAGAAGCGAACAGCUGAAUAGCGAUUGAAUAUUUCACUCCCUCACUCAACAAAACAAAUGUCCGAUUCUUGCGCCCAUGGCCCAUUUCGUAAGUUCCUCAAAUGAGAAAUUCGACUAAACGCCUUUUCGUAACGAAAUAAUUUAGAAAUUCGGGCGAAGGUAUAAUUUUAAAUAGUUCUUGUUUUUUAAAUAAUAGUCGUUUUUGUAACAAUUGGAAGUUUCCUUGAAAUUAAAAUAUUCGUCGAUACGUCGACGAAAGGAAAAGGAAUCAAGUUUCAUAAAUAAUGGUGUUUCAGUUUGCCAGUGUAACAAUAUUUUUGAGGUGUUUUUAUUAAAGGUUUUGCUGUUGUAUUCGAGCUAAUUUAGACUUCAAGAUGGCAGUGAAUAGUGUUCAUCUUUCGCCAUAGCAAGUGAUUGCUUAUAAAUCCAUUCGAUGUGGUGCUCGUUUGUUGCUGUACGGGGCACGGAUGCUGACUCCAGGGAGCGGUUUAUGCGAUGGUGAUAGCAAAGAGCAAGAAAGUUAAACCAAUAAUGAACAACACGAUAAAGAAUAUGGAUUACAAUUGGACACCUGGACCAGAUCCACCUAACAACCAAGACGUGGGUGUACCCAGGGCAGUCUUCAUUCCUCAUUCAAAUUCGUUGCCAUUUGAUGAAAGGCGGGUUACUUUGGAACAGCCAGUCAAGAUUGGACGCAACGUGUAUCGUGCGACGCCCAGCCCAACGAAUACAAUAUUCGAGUGCCGAGUGCUCUCGCGACACCACGCUACGCUCUAUUAUGACAAAGGCCACUUUUACCUCGUGGACAAUCAGAGCAGCAAUGGCACGUUCAUCAACAACAACCGGUGCUCGAUAUCGAAGGAGCAGGAGCCUCACGAGGUGUUCUCUGGCGACGUGGUGCAAUUCGGCAUACCGGUCGUGGAGAAUGCCGUGGGCAAUUCGGAGAAGAAUACGUUCCCGCCUGUGGUUGCCCUCUUGAAGUUAUACCACCCCGAUGGCAAAGAAGCGAAGCUCUCUUUCAAUCCUACGAUGACGACGCCCCUACACCUCAAAGAACUAUACCAGCUUAACAACUUCGUCCAGGAAGCGAUACAACGUGAGGCGUCUUUAGAAAACCGACUGCGCACGCUUCGCGAGUGCGUUGAGCGAACGCGCGCCGAAGCGCAAGCGUCCUGGGAACUGUUCGUGGGCGAGCAGCGUCUGCUCAUGCGCGUGCACACGCUCGAGACCAUGCUGUCCGUGGGCAAGCAGCCCGACGCGCACCACGUGGCGCAGCUGCUCAGCGACAAGAGGAACUACCAGGUGACCGACACUAGCGAGCGCAGGCGGCCUGGGAACUGUUCGUGGGCGAGCAGCGUCUGCUCAUGCGCGUGCACACGCUCGAGACCAUGCUGUCCGUGGGCAAGCAGCCCGACGCGCACCACGUGGCGCAGCUGCUCAGCGACAAGAGGAACUACCAGGUGACCGACACUAGCGAGCGCAGGCGG